UUUUUUGCGGAUACUGCCGAUAGGAUUGUCCCCUUCCCGAGCAUAUCUACGCGCGCUUUCCAAUCUCCGUUCCUUGGCCCUUCUCUGAUUUUUCAAUAAAAUCCGUUUUGUUGGCGUCAACAAUCUCCACUCUAUCUCGCAUUAGAUUACUUUGAUUUGGGACCUCGGUUCCUUCGCUUCUCCCACGCUUUCUCUGGAGAAGGUGGAAGCAUAAGCUCCUCUCUGUACCACAUCGUAAUGAUGCAGCAAAACUACGAGGCUUCCCAGCGCAUCGCGAGAAUCGCGGCCCAUCUCAAUCCUCCCACAUCGCAGAUGGAGGAAGUCAACUUACUUACAGGCUCAACUUGCCGCUCCAAGGGAGGUUCUUCAGGGUUCAAAGUUGCAGUAUUGGGUGCUGCAGGAGGUAUUGGUCAGCCACUCGCUAUGCUGUUGAAAAUGAACCCUCUUGUAUCGGUCCUGCAUCUUUAUGAUGUUGUCAACACACCUGGUGUCACUGCUGAUAUCAGUCAUAUGAACACUGGUGCUGUGGUUCGUGGAUUCUUGGGCCAACAACAACUGGACAGUGCACUCACUGGAAUGGACCUUGUCGUUAUUCCUGCUGGUGUCCCAAGAAAGCCUGGAAUGACUAGGGAUGACUUGUUUAAUAUCAAUGCUGGCAUUGUUCGCACACUAUGUGAAGGGGUCGCCAAAUGUUGUCCACAUGCAAUUGUGAACUUGAUCAGCAAUCCUGUGAACUCAACUGUUCCAAUUGCAGCGGAGGUAUUUAAGAAAGCGGGUACCUUUGAUCCCAAGCAUUUAUUGGGUGUGACGACAUUGGAUGUAGUAAGAGCUAAUACUUUUGUGGCAGAAGUUUUGGGACUUGACCCAAGGGAAGUCAAUGUUCCUGUAGUUGGCGGUCAUGCGGGGGUUACUAUAUUGCCUCUGUUAUCACAGGUGAAACCCCCCUGUUCUUUAACCUCUGAGGAAAUUAGCUAUCUCACUGAUCGUAUACAGAAUGGUGGAACUGAAGUUGUUGAGGCAAAAGCAGGAGCUGGUUCUGCAACACUCUCUAUGGCAUUUGCUGCUGCUAAAUUUGCUGAUUCAUGCUUGCGGGGACUGCGAGGUGAUGCCGAUGUUGUCGAAUGUUCAUUUGUUGCUUCCCAGGUGACAGAAUUGCCAUUUUUUUCAUCAAAAGUUCGAUUAGGCCGUAAUGGAAUUGAAGAAAUCUACUCUCUUGGACCACUGAGUGAGUAUGAAAGGGCUGGAUUAGAGAAAGCCAAGAAAGAGUUGGUAGAAAGUAUACAGAAAGGAAUUGCUUUCAUUAAAAAGUGAAGGAAAAUCAUCCCUGCAAAGUAGAGAGCAGCAUAUCCAUGUGGUAAUGUGUAUUUUAUGCCUGGAAAAACAACUCUUAAAAUGCUGUAAUAAUUCUUUAAUAUGCUCCUAUUUAACUGAAAAAAAAAAAAGAUGGCGGAGAUUCACUGCAA